UCUCGAUCGAGCUAGCAGCGCUGCGAGCACGAGUACCACACGCUUUCAACGCUAUAAUUUGAGCCAGCUUUAUUUCUCUUCUGUUACUGAAGCAAUUUAUCUAUUAUCUACAAGGUGCUAUGGCAAAAUUUAAAAGUGGCAAGGUUUCCGAGAAAGAAAAGAGGGAACCUAAAAUAAACAAACCGCAGCUGAAGGCGAAGAAGAUUGAUUCCAUUCCACCAAAGCAACAAUCUGCUAAGGAAAAAAAACAGGACCCACCAGUCAAGCAAUCUUUACCUGAGCUGUCCAGCACUGUUAACUAUGCAUCUAGUGAAAAAGUCAAACCUUCUCAAAAUUGGCUGCUUUUCAAAUCACAACUUCCUAAAAGCUCCGUGAAACCACAUUUCACUAAGCGGCCUAAACUGGAGGCUAAACCUGGUGCCACUGGACCUAAAAUUAAAGUUUCCAACAACAUUACGGAAAUUGUGGCCAUUGAUUGUGAAAUGGUUGGAGGAGGCGACAGUGGCAGGGAUAACAUUUUGGCUCGCGUUUCUGUGGUGAAUAAAUACAAUGAGGUACUCUAUGACACAUUCGUGAAGCCAAGAGAACAAGUCACUGACUACAGGACUCAAUAUUCUGGUGUCCGCGAGUCUGAUCUCCAGAAUGGCGUAGAAUUUUUGGAAGCCCAGAAGAAGGUUGCAUCUCUUAUCGACAACAAAACUUUAGUCGGCCAUGAUGUGAAGAAUGACCUUAAGGUUCUCUUCUUGGGUCAUCCUCGAAACAAAAUCAGAGACACAGUGAAGUACAAACCAUUUAAACAGUUGAAAUCUGGCAAACCAAGUCUCAAAUUUUUGGCUGAAAAAAUUCUUGGAGUCAAAAUCCAAACUGGAGAACACAACUCGGUUGAGGAUGCCAAAGCUGCCAUGAGUUUAUACAUGAUGCACCAAAAGGCGUGGGAAAGACUGAGAAAGGAGAAGAAAGAGCCCAGAGACAAGCCUGCCAACAAAGGUCGACUGCGGCGAAACUGGGAAAGAGCUAACAAAUCGAAAUAGAGUUUUGUUUCAUUAAAAA